AUGCCAGCACACCCCAAGAUUCAUGAGACCACAGCCAUCUGCUACACGCUUUCAAAUGCCUUCAAGGAUCACUACUCCCACUGCUGUCACCUCCAUAAUAAGAAACCCGGCCCGAGACAUGGAAUAUUCGAAGAAUACCAGCCCUACGCAUAUUCGCCCAGCAUUGCAAAUAACGCCGGCGAACAAUUUCCUGCAGAUCGUUCGGCAAGUGUGGGAGGGCUGCCGGCGUCUCUAAACGAUUAUUUCUCAAGCUGUUGCAAGCUGAAACGCAUGGGGAAGUCCAAAGAAAACAGCGUAACGUGUGUCGCAGCCAGGGCCUCCGAAUACGUCGAUCCGCUUUUGCAGGCCGUCGCGGUGGCUUGUAAGACGGCCCCACGACGGCGUAACAUAGCUAAACAGCCUCAGUCCGCGGAUCAUGACUCCGGACUGGUUUCAGCAUCUGAGAGGAUGGCUUAG